UCCCCGGCUCACAUGACUACGAUUAUAGCAGAGGAGGAGUGUGCCGGGACAGAGACGGGGGAGAGAUGGUGAGCAGGAUGAAUGACAUUUUUCUGAUUUCAUCGCACAGAUCACAUCCGAGGACCUGACUUGCCUUUGACUGCUGGCUGAGGAUUGUCCACUUUUGUGGUUGCAGGUAUGAGGGUGCUACACUGGUGCAUGCUGGGAGUGACCAUCCUGCUGCUGGUGUGUGAGGUCACCAUCAGUCAGUUAUGCAAGUCCCUCAUCACCCUGGUGGACAGUUUCCACACGCUCUUCAUCCUCAUGCGUAUGGCUCUUCCUCUUCCUCAAACUGCAGGAUUAAUAAAACCUUGGCCCUCCUCCUUGGACUCUCCUGCAUCUCCACGCGCUUCCUCCUCCUCAGUUGCAGCUCCUUCCACCCUGCCUGCAGAGUCAUCAAUCAAAACUCUACCUGGCACCCAUGCUGCCACCGGUGGGUCAUCCACCCCAGAUGAACCACCUGCCCCUGGGCCUAACCAUGACACAACCUUGCCCUUUAGCUCUCAUGGCUCCUGCCCCCCAACAGUCUCUCCUCCAGCUCUCAACUGCAGUGUUUCCUACGGCAGCAGCAGGAUUCAGGUUAUGGGGGCUUUCCUUUCCAGUCUCAUCCUGAUCUCUCUGAGUAUCUCUUACUUAAUAAUGAUCAUCAACUUUUUCCUGGAGCCACGGUUAGUACAGCGCCCCCUGCUGCUUGUAGUGAUCGGAGUUGUCAGUCUGCUCCAUAAGAUGCUGGUGCUUUGGCUAAACUGGGAUCAGCUGCAGGAGGAAAUGACAGGAGCCAGCAGGCAACCAGAGACCAAAUCUCACCUUGAGGUGAACCAUAAAGUCUUGGCUAAGGAGGGAACCAGAGGCCUGGCUGAGCCAGGGCAAGUCCAGGAUGAUGUCAGCCAUGUCCAGUCUGCUGUGGACGACUCGCUCCACAACGGGACACUUGUCCUCUGUAACCCAGGAACCUCCAGCUUCCCUGACACUGACUCUCAAACUCCUGUCCACCUGCAUGCAGCAGACCCACAGGACAGCUGGGACUGUGAUGUUGUGAGCGGUUUUGCAGAUCUGAAGAUUUGGAAGUGUGAGAGUCAUUCAAAAGACAUCACAGAGAUUUUUGAAGACAAUACCAGCAUGGGACAUCGUGACAAUAAAAAUGCAUCUAAAACCUCCCCAGUCUGCAAGUCUUCACAUCACGCUAAGAGCCCUGUACCGAGCAGCCGGUGGCCAGUCUGCCUCCUGUCAUUCCUCCUCAUCGCUCAGGGUCUUUUUACCCCACUCCUGGUCCUGAUCAACAGCCUGGUGAUGCUGCUGGUCGACCCACACUGUAGCAUCCUGGACUACCUGGAUACCUGUCUCACUCUGCCAGCUGUGAUUGUGCUGAUCGCCAUAGCUAAACCAGAGGUGUGCAGGUAUGGACUGCUGCUGCUACAGGCUACACCACCACACAUUUGUGUGACUGAUCUUGGACGAAGGAUUGCAAGUGUCCCUGGAGUGCAGGCUGUGCACGAUCUCCACGUCUGGCAGUUAACUGAGUCAUUCAUGGUGGCCACUGUCCAUGUGCACUGCCACGCUGGGUUUCCAGCACACAGGUGUGCUGAUAUGAUGUCGGGGGUCACUAAGGUGCUGAAGAGUGUAGGAGUGAGCUGCUGCACUGUUCAACCAGAGUUCGCUUCAUGCUCUGGUCGCUCUGCAGGAAGUGGGGGUGACGCCUCCGCUGUUGUCCACAGAGAAGACCCCUCCCUGCCUCCUCUCUUGACCUGCAGCCUCUCCUGUGGGAAGGCCUGUUCUGGGAGCAUGUGCUGCUCUUCCCCAGGAGAGGAGACCAGGAGCCUGUUGGCACCACCAGCUGGGGAAACAAAGGAAGAGCCUCAGACACUUGUCAUAGAGAAUACCUUCCUCUGACCAGUAGUUUUAACCAAAGAAUUACAGUGGAUUGGAGGAAAAUAAAAGAAAAUGCUGCCUGAACAUUAUAUUGAAGUGUUAGUUUUAUGAUAUUAACAUGAUAAUCUUCACCAAAGAUUUUUGUGUAAAAUCAAAAGAAGUGUUGCUUUAUUUGUGUUGGGGCCAUUUGUAUUUUCUCUCAUGUCUGUACUGAAAUAAAAUAAAUAGUAACACCUAA